UCAGAUGUUAUUGUUAUACCCACGCUGCCGCCACGAGGGACGACUGACGACGCCGACGCGCGACUUCACAUCACAAGGCUGAAAAAAUUUGUUUUUGUGCGGCUGCUCAGCUCACUCAAGAACAAUCUUGGCAUUGCUAUUGAACGAACACCUCUGUUUGGGAAAGUUUUCUUUUAUUGGAAGUCACUAAAGCAGUGCAGAGAUGAACGGAACAAAGCAACCCAUUCAAAAGCCGCUGUGCCAUCUGUGCGAGUGUCCGACGUCGGACGGCCACGUCCUCGCAUCGCAGGUGGACAGGAUCAAGCUGAGGAAAUGGGCCAUGAAGGUCAUGAACCUGACGGAAGAAGACGAAAACUUGCCGGAGGUGUUCGAAAAAGACGAUUUGAUCUGCUAUUUUUGCAUCUGGCUGGCUGAGCAAGAAUGUGAUACUGCAGACGAGUCUGAGGCUUGGUGGCCGAAAAACCUGGAUUAUUUGGACAAAAACGCUAAGGUGCUUCGGGAAAAUUUUAGAGCCUAUGAAGUGGAUCAGUGUUGGGUGCAGUUGGAGAAGAUUGAUGUUGCCAAAUAUCAAGGGGCAACUCCAUUGAAGAGGAAAGCUGGCCGUGGUACGUGUCUUUACUGCGGCAAGACCUACAACCAGCUGGUGGAGCACGUAAAAAAGAAGCACAGUGGAGGCAUCAAAUGCGGAGUGUGGGGCUGCUCGACUUACUUCCACACCGAGGAAGAAAAAGAGCGGCACAUGCAAGAGGACUUUCACGAAAAACGUGACAAACCACAGAAAUGCGUGGAAGUUCGCUGCAAAUUUUGCAAACAAGCCGUUUUCACCUCUGUCACAGCGUGGAAGCAUCACAUUACCCGCAAGCAUCCGAAACUGGUGGCUUGCAUGCAUAAAGGCUGCAACGAGUUCUUCAAAUCCAAGCCUGAAAUGAUACGCCACGUCAACUCGUUGCACAAGCGCGGCACAAAUCGAGACAUCUUCCAGUGCGAGCAUUGCGAGUACUACACAAAGAACGAGUGUAACUUGCAAAGACACGAAGAGGCGAUCCACAUGCCGAAGCUCUUCAAAUGCGACACUUGCGACUCCACGUUCGGCUCCAAACGCCUGGUGGCUCAACAUUACAUCAGGAAUCACACGUUCGUCAAGUGCACAUCUUGUGACGAGGACGUGCCUCACGGCUACAAGUCUCCCCACGCAAAGCAAAUUGUCUGCUCCAAAUGCAAAGUCACAUUCAAGUGCUUGGGUUUGUACCAAGUGCACAAGAAGAGCUGCAAGAAAAUCCUCCGUACUUGCAAAGAGUGUGAAAAGUCGUUCAACUACAGUUACGAGUUGAAUUUGCACGUGAGAAAGGUCCACGCCAACGCCCCGGCUUUUUACUGCAACCACUGCACCCAUUCCACCUUUAAAAAGGGCAACAUGGUCGAGCACAUGCUGUGCAAACAUCUGCCAAAGAUGCUCAGCUGUAUUGUCUGCAAAAAAAUGUUUUCUCUGCCAGCCAGCCUCAAGCGUCACAUCUACGCCUUUCACAAGACUGCAUGAAUGCCUGAUCUUCAAGACUUGCCGCCGCUUUCAGUACAAAUUCAAGUUCCUACGACUUCUUUAGAAGUAUAUCUAGAGUUCCUAAGUAAUAAUUUCUAUUGUGCCAAGUGCCCGAGAAUUUUUUCCAUGUCAGGAAGCUCCUUGAUGUGUAAAUAUAAUGAAUGGCAGCAUUAAAAAGAUUGCAGCGUAUUGACCAGUCGAAUCAACCCUUAGUGUUUGAAGCCGCCAACAGAUGG